AUGACAAAUACUUUAACCGAACCAGACCUUUAUAUUGAUUAUAAAGUCUUUCUUUUUAGUAAUUUUGACCCAAAAGUAUAUGCUAAUUCGACUAUAAAUGAGUCAUCGGAUGGUGAAAAUGAUAUUACUAUAUCAUUGGCAAAGUUAUCCUUUAGCAUAGACAAUUUAACAAAACAAUUACAUGAUGAGGUAGUCACACAUUUCGAGGAUUUGCUUUUGCAAGUGGCGGAUAUUCGCGAAUUAGAUUAUACUCUAAAAGUCGUCAGAAAUGGAAUUGAAAAUCUGAAAAAAUCUUUAGAAAGUUUACAAACAAAAGUCCACACUCCAUUCACGCAAAUAAAGAAUUAUACUAUUCAGCUGGAGCGAUUACAAACUGCAAUUGAAUUACUAAGAAGAGUUUAUACGUUCAUGGAUAUUGUAACACGACUUGAAAUUCAAUUAGCCGAAAUAGAUAAUAUUAAUUCGGCUACAAUGGCUCAGUACGAAUUGAUUGCGAUCAUUAUUGGUGAAUUAGAGGUCUUGUUAAAGGAUGCGGAUUUUGAAGGCAUUGAGAUAGUUGAAGAUCAAUUACCAUACAUUGAUCAGAUAAAAGAACGGGUUAGAGAUGAAGCAGUUGAUAUGUUGCAUAAUGGGAUAAAGAACAAAGAUGAAACGAAAAUCGCGUCUAGUCUUCGUAUAUUACAUAGUAUAUACGAAUUGACAGAUCGUGUCGCAAAAUUCUCUGAUGAUAUAUUAGAAAAUUUAUCGCUUACUAUUCAUAAUGGAUUGGAUGUUGUUGCUAUUCAAAAAGAAGUCAGAGAUGCUGGUACUGGGCAGAAGGCAAUGCGAAGAUUAGGAGUAGAUCCUAUAUCAGGAAUGGCGACAUUAUGGACAGCAGCUAUUUGGAAAAGAAUGGAAAUAAUCAUGAAUGAAAUCGGUGAUAGCUGUAGUAAGAUUUAUAUUUUAGAGCGUGUUUUGGCAAAUGAAAAAGAUAUGACGAAUCAAAUCUCAUUUCUUGACGAAGUCUCAAAGAUUCUCGAUAGCGGAUUAGUUCAACACUUUUGGAAAAUUCUUUCAGUGAAUUUCGAAAAAGAAUUAAAGGAAUCAAGCAGAGGUUCAUCCUAUAUCCAACAAACAUUGGUCGGUGGAUAUCCAAAGCUUCUUUGUCUGUUUCAGGAUUUUUUUGCGAGAAUCGAGACAAAUGGUGUCGAAUCUAAAGCUGGAGAAUUUCAGAGUCAAGCAUAUUUAGUAAUGCUACACAGUAUAUCGAGUUAUGAAACUGGAUAUUCGGCACGCUCAGUGACGCGAAUGUAUGAACCAAUUAAUUCAGCAUUCACCACUGGUCUUUUACGCUCUUCACCAUCAAAAAAUGAUAUUUCGAAUAUUGUCAAAAUUAUAUCGAGUGAAUUGGAAAAUGCUAAAGUGGAUCCACAACUGAUGAAAACAAUAGCGAAAAAUAUCAUUAAGUCCUUGAAUCAUGCUUGUGGCAAGGCAGAAUCUAUGUCUUCAAAUGAUCCAUCAGCUUAUCAAGUAUCGGGUAAUGGCCCAAUCACAUUCUCGCAAAACUCUAAUUUCGAAUUGGUCAGUGCAAUAUAUUUUUUGUAUCAGUCCUUAUGGAAGAUGUUAGAAGAUUAUCCUGAUGUCUUUGAGAUCAUUUCAGAAUCUAUAGAGCGUUUAAAAAAAGUUAUGUUCAACAUUAUGACUCCAUUAAUAGACAAUAUAAAAAAGGACCUCGAGACAACAAUGUUAAAAAUCUCUAAAGAAGAUUUUUCAAGAAAUCAAAAAUCGAAACCAUUUCUUCAUCCGCAGGCUGAAGCUCAAUGCAGUCCUUACAUGACUGAAUUCACUAAUCGCUUAAGAUAUCAUCAGAAAGAAUUUCUUUCUCGAUUUUCCUUUGGACAAGAAGGAAAAGAGUGGAUAAAGGGAAUAUCCAAGCGGAUCUUAUAUUUUUGGCUUCUUCAGGCUAGCAUGAUGCGACCAUUGAGUGAAGCAGGAAAAUUAAAACUUACAGGUGAUAUUACCCAACUUGAGUUUUCCUUGAAUCAAUUAUUGGCUGAGCAUGGGUUAAGUCUCAAUGAAUUAGGCCAAGAGUAUAAAGCUUUACGAGCUUUCAGGCAACUACUCUUUCUUGAUACUUCUCAAUUGGUUUCCACUCAACACACAUCCGCUGUACCACUACUUAUCUUGUUGCAUCAUAUCAUUGUACGAUCUCCCUCUAAUACUCUACAACUUCCACAUAAGAAUUUUGGAUGGUCAGAGGCAGAGUAUUCGCGUUGGUUGGAUGAGCAUACAGAAGUUGAAUGGAUAGAUUUAAUAAGGGGGACAUUGCAUACUGAUGAAUCGAAAAGUAGCGGUACAGAGGAAGAACCUGAAGAGGCGUUAAUCAAAAUGCUAUUAAAGGAACGUACUGGGGUUGAAUUUUAG